AGGGGAACUGCUUGUCAUCAGGCUCGGAGGGCUGACUGGCAGCGAAGGCAGGAGGAAGAGCACAGGACCUGGGAGGAAGAGAAAAGAGAGCAGAGUCAGUAGCAGACUGGGAGACGUGGUUCACUGUCUCCAGUGCUGGAGACUCAGGCGCCGGAGGAUGGUGGUUUCCGCCGACGAUCUGGGCUCCGGUGCUUUGCUGGGGUUUCCGCCUCGGCGAAGUGGCCUCCUGCCGGUAUGGUAUGGCGAUGGAGCGGUGGCGUGCGUGCCCCUGUUGGUCUCUGGUGCCAGGAUUCCACGCUGCGUGAUCCACACAGUAGAAGGCGAGGAGUAGAGCAUGCAACAGAGUCUGUGAACAGGUGAGAGAAGGACACUGUCUGCCCCACUGUCCAGCGACACCAUGAGCUGGAGCUUCCUCACGCGGCUGCUGGAGGAGAUCCACAACCACUCCACCUUCGUGGGGAAGCUGUGGCUCACCGUGCUCAUCGUCUUCCGCAUCGUUCUCACUGCUGUUGGGGGAGAGUCCAUCUAUUACGAUGAACAAAGCAAGUUUGUCUGCAAUUCGGGUCAGCCUGGUUGUGAGAAUGUCUGCUACGAUGCCUUCGCCCCUCUAUCGCAUGUACGCUUCUGGGUCUUCCAGAUCAUCUUGGUGGCAAUGCCUUCUCUCAUGUACAUGGGCUAUGCGGUCAACAAGAUUACACGGUUGGAGGAAGCCAAAGGAGGAGGUGGAUCUGCUGGGGUCAGAGCAGGAGGAGGGGACUACAUGCACAGGAAACCCAGAAAAAUUUGCUUUGGAGCACGACAGCACCGGGGAAUCGAGGAGACUGAAGAGGACCAGGAGGAUGAUCCCAUGAUCUAUGAGGUGCCAGAGAUUGAGCCACCAAAAAGACCACGGGAUCCCCUGCAGCCCACACCCAGACCAAAGAUCCGGCAUGAUGGGCGCAAGCGCAUUCGAGAUGAGGGACUGAUGCGAGUCUAUGUGUUGCAGCUGGUGACUCGUACGGUGCUAGAAGCAGGCUUUCUUGCAGGCCAGUACUUGCUGUAUGGGUUCCAUGUGACUCCAGUGUUCGUAUGCUCGGGGAAACCUUGUCCCCACAAUGUUGACUGCUUUGUGUCUCGGCCUACAGAGAAGACCAUCUUCCUGCGCAUCAUGUAUGGUGUCACCAUCCUCUGCCUCACGCUCAACAUUUGGGAGAUGAUCCAUUUAGGGAUUGGUUCUAUCUGUGACAUUCUUCGCCAUCGGCACCUCCCUCCUCAGGAUGAUGAAUACCAGUUGGGCUUGCUAGGCACCAGCGCAGGUGUGGAGGGUUCUGUAGGGGGCACGGGGCCAGAAGCAGGUUCUGAGGGAGGGGUGGGUGGAGAUGAGGCUGCAGAUUAUGUGGGUUACCCUUUCUCAUGGAACACCCCAUCAGCUCCACCUGGCUACAACAUUGUGGUCAAACCUGAGCAAAUGCCUUACACAGACCUUAGCAACGCCAAGAUGGCGUGUAAGCAGAACCGGGCAAACAUUGCCCAAGAGGAGCAGCAGCAGUUUGGUAGCAAUGAGGAUAAUUUUCCCACUGGAGGGGAGCCCCGUGUGGCUCUGAAUAAAGACCUGAUCCAACAAGCUCAAGAGCAACUGGAGGCAGCCAUCCAGGCCUACAGUCAGCAGCAUCAGACAGAGGAGCAGCUUGGCGACAACCAGGAUGACAAGCCUCAAAGUAACAUCAUUCAGGCCCAACCUCAGCUGCAGCCACAGCCUCAGAAAGACCGCAAGCAUAAAUUCAAACAUGGGAAAGGAGGCAGCAGUGGAGGAGGCAGCAGCAGCAACAGCAGCAGCAGCAAAUCAGGAGAGUGCAAGCCUUCUGUAUGGAUUUAAGCCCAGAAGUAUAGACAAGUUCUGAAACCAUGUAUAUAUUAGAGAUUGAAUGACAAGCUUUUGCAAUCUUUUUUUGAUAUUUAAAACCACUGUGCCUUAAAGAAUCCUCCAAGAUGGAGAAGAUGUGUGUUUGUGUAAUAAGGUGUGUAAAACAAAAAUGUGAUGUUGCAGCUGACAAUUUGUUUUGUCAGGGCUUUCACUAACUUGAAAUAUCAUACCAACACAAACUAUAUUAUAUUAGAGUCUGCCGUUUACAUCUCAUUCUCCUCAAGUCCUAAAGCUAAUUACUGACCUCUGUUGUCUUCCCAGUCAUCAGUUAUUAGGGAUUUGAGCUUUGGAAAAUUACUGAAUGAUAAUGAGUUCUGUUGCAAAUCAGAUUGAACCCAGAUUUGGCUUAGCUCAUUUUCUGGCCACUCCUCUGCAAAGACACUGACUCUAGCAAUAGACUGGCAUCCUAAUUCUUGUGAUAUCAAAAUGAAGUAUCAACACAAAACAAAGGCAAAGGGAUGCCAUGUCAUCACCACGCUCUAACAAGCUAAAGAAAUGAAUACUCUAAAAUGACACAUUAUUCAAUGGCAGCACCUAAUGCAGUGAGAACAUCACCUUCCUGGAGGCUGUGUCCUGUGUCCAUCAUGAUCUUUGUCUGCUUUCCC